UUUUUGCAUCUGGCGAGCCGGGCUGAAAAUUGAGCCAGGUGCACAAACACAACGACCUGGCCCCCAUGAGCCCAAUUCCCCAACGGGCCACCCCCGCAAACGCCCCAAUGCCGCCUCUUCUUCCCAUAUAAACGUUGAGACUAGCCGAAGAAUGCGAAUCUGCGCAAAGCAAAAACCAAGAAACCAGAGAGGCGAGACGACCAAGAAACGAGAGAGGCGAGACGAGAGACCAAGAAGCUCUUCUCCUCCGCGCUCGCCGAUGGGAGCGGUGAGCAGUUCGCUGCUCCGGCGCGGAGCAGGGGCGGCGGUCCGAGCUCCGCCGAUCUCUCUCGCUUCACGGCCAGAGGCCGCAGCCCCGCCGGCGCCAGUCCUCUCCGGGGCCGCGCAUCUGGUCUUUGAGGCCUCGCUCGCCUGUCCGUGGAACUGGGAUCCCAAAGCUCCCGGCGCCCUCUCCGACGGGAACUUCGUUCUGAACCUGGAUGGGGCGGCGGUGAUGCGUAGGCGGCUCCAGUUCGGCCUCUUCGUCGCCAUGAACGAGCUCGCGGACGGGGAGGGGGCCGCGGUGCGGAGGCUACAGAUCUGCACGAGGGCAGAGAUAGCGGACUGGAUCCCCUUUGUAAGACAGGCCCCAUUUUCAGUAAGACACUCUUCUCGCGGAAUUUUCCGCACCAGGACACUAAAUCUUCGAUCUAUCAGUGUGGUUGGCUAUGAUAUGGAUUAUACAUUAAUUCAGUACAAUGUGAUGGCCUGGGAAGGACGUGCAUAUGACUAUGGGAUGGACAACCUCAAGAGCAUGGGUUUCCCAGUAGAUGACCUUAAAUUUGACCCUGACCUGGUCAUAAGAGGUCUUAUUAUUGAUAAAGAGAAGGGAAACUUGGUUAAAGCUGAUCGAUUUGGCUACGUUAAGAGGGCCAUGCAUGGUACUCAGAUGCUUUCCACUCGUGCUGUGAGUGAAAUAUAUGGAAGAGAAUUGGUGGACCUGCGGAAAGAAAGUCGAUGGGAGUUUCUUAACACCCUUUUCUCUGUUUCAGAAGCUGUCAUGUUCAUGCAGAUGGUCGACAAGUUAGAUCAGGGAUUGGUGCCAGCUGAACUUGGGCCAUUGGAUUACAAAGGACUGUACAAUGCUGUUUCCAAAGCACUUUUUCGAGCACAUGUAGAAGGCCAACUUAAGAGAGAAAUAAUGGCUGAGCCUGAGCGGUUUGUAGAGCCUGAUCCAGAACUUCCUUUAGCUCUUCUUGAUCAAAAGGAGGCUGGAAAAAAGUUUCUUCUCAUUACUAAUUCAGAUUUCCAUUAUACAAACAAAAUGAUGAAUCAUGCAUUCAAUCGCUUUCUUCCUAAUGAUGUGGGAUGGAGAGAUCUUUUUGAAAUGGUUAUAGUCUCCGCAAGGAAGCCAGAGUUUUUCCAGCUUUCACAUCCAUUAUAUGAGGUUGUAACAGAUGAUGGACUGAUGCGCCCCUGUUUUAAAGUAAAGUCAGGUGGCUUAUAUUCUGGUGGUAGUGCUCAGAUGGUUGAGAAAUCACUAGACAUUCAUGGGGAUGAGAUAUUAUAUGUUGGGGACCAUAUUUACACAGAUGUAAGCCAGUCAAAAGUUCAUUUACGAUGGAGGACAGCAUUAAUCUGCAGAGAGCUAGAAGAUGAGUUUGAUGCACUGGUCAAAAGCCAUGAUCAGAAAGAAAAGCUUGUUACACUUAUACAACAAAAAGAAAAUGUGGGGGAUCUUUUUAACCAGCUUCGCCUGGCUCUGCAGAGGCGCUCUAAUUCACGUCCUGCACAGACGCUUGCUGCAACUUGUAUGGAUGAACAGGAGCUUACGGAAAGUAUGCAAAAGUUGCUCAUUGUUAUGCAAAGAUUAGAUGAAAAGAUUGGGCCAAUGCUAGAAGCAGAUGGAGAACUUUUCAAUAAAAGAUGGGGCUGGUUGUCAUGUGCUGGCCUAUGGGAUAAGAGUCAUCUGACCAGGCAAAUUGAAAAAUAUGCUGAUAUAUACACAUCAAGGGUUUCAAAUUUUCUACACUAUACUCCAUUCAUGUAUUUCCAAUCUCAAGAACAGACAUUGAGAAAGCAAGGGUGGAAACUGAGAUUUUAGAAAACUCAGUUUGCUAGUUUCUACUUCAACUGGAAAGGCUUGAGGGCAGUGCAAAAUAAGAAUUGGUGGAUAAACAACAUUGGCAAAGCGAAGGAAGGAACAUCAUUCAAGUUGGCUGCAUUGCUUAUUGCUGCAUGGUGGAUAGACAAUGUUGCCUGUAUGACUUAGUGUUUUUCUAAAAUGUGUGUAAAUGGCAUCUUUGUAUCUUUGUAUCUUUGUAUACAUAAACAAAUUCUUCCAAAUGGUUGUAAUAUCCAUGUGAGUGCGAUAAGAAAUUAUUAUCAUCUUGAUAUUUGCCAUUCAAUAAAUGGGCCACCUUUGAUUUUA